ACGACAUUCAAACCUUCAUCAAGACCCUCCUUAUCGCAAGCGAUAGCAUACGAACUCAUUCAUAAGCAGCCAAUCCGAGAGACCCUAUUGUCGUCUAGAACCUGACACCUGUCAACUACCAUAUACAUCCAUCAACAGGUGUUACAUCUUUCAUGAAAGAUGGAGGCAUAUGAACAAGAAUUCAAGCUGCUCCAAGCCGAUAUUGAAGAGAAACUCAGUGAUGUUCAACAAAACGGCGAUUCGAGAGCUGCGGAGUCAUGCAAACGAGCUUUAAACGAAGCUGAUGAAGUGCUUGCUCAAAUUGAACUUGCAUUAACAAACAUUCCAACUGCGGAGCGUGGAGCUGCACAGAGUCGUGCUCGUGAUUAUCGUCAAAAACUUGACGGUUGGAAAACCUCACUGCAAAAUGAGCUUCAAGUUAUGGACCGAAAGAAUCUUUUUGGAAGAAGGGAUCAGUCAGCCUACGGGGAAAACGAUAAUGAUUAUGACCAACGCUCGCAUUUGCUGCAAGGCACAAGUCGUUUGGAGCAAUCUUCGCAACGUCUUCUUGACUCGCAACGAAUGGCACACGAAACGGAGGGAAUCGGCGCUGGAAUCUUGAGAGAUCUCUAUGGACAACGAACACAAUUGGAACACUCAAUGGGCGUGUUGAACGAAACAAACAGUUAUCUGGACCGCAGUUUACGGACUAUCAAAACAAUGGCAAGACGACUCGCAAUGAACAGAACGAUCACUACCUUGAUUAUUGCAUUACUGAUCAUUCUUAUUCUACUUGCACUCUACAACAAGUUUCGCUAGACGUGUUAAAUGGCCUUUUUGAGAGACCCUGUUUCUUCCAAGUGAAAGACUGCAUUCCGAGCGUAGUUUGCCCACAUUUGGCUGGCGAGUUCAACGUUCAUAUUUGCCAUGUUCACUUGCUACCAAUGAAUGAGCAGGUCGUUAUUAUUAAAAUGGACAUACCUGAAGCUUUUUAUUCAAUGUUAUUACGGAAUCAUUUAGUUUCCCCAAAUUAUUAAUUAUACGUUCCAGAAUAGCAUUCUGCUGCUCUUCCAUAGGAUUGUUCAUUUUGCUCUUUUCAUUUAUGCUAUUCUGAGUACUGAUAUUUGAGGCGAGAAGACGUAGUAAUGGUUAUAUUCCUUGUUACACCAGAAAACCCGAGUACGAGGUGGUGGUAGUGAAGGACUCAGAAACAGCUGCAUUCAGCGGGCUGACCUCUGCAUUGUUAUAGUAU